AUGAUGAAAAUGCUCACUACUUCGGCUGCUGGCGUGAGGCUUGUGGCCCGUCAAACAUCAACCAUUCUUACAGCUUCAUCGAGAGCUCCGACAGCUAGCGCCAUCUUCGUCUCAUCCCGCCGACAGUAUGCGACUACUCAACAGCAGCAGGAAACCUCAAAGAGGAGAGCCGUGACACCAUUCAACGACGACGGCCAUGUCCCUUGGGCUCAGCUUUCGGUCGGUGAAAAAGCCGGGCGCGCCGUCCAGCAAUCGUUCAACUUUGGUUUGGUGAUUUUGGGUGUUGUCAUGACCGGAGGAAUCGCCUACCUCCUCUUCACGGACGUGCUCUCGCCCGAGUCCAAAACCGCCUACUUCAACCGGGCCGUCGACCGGAUCCGCGCCGACCCUCGCAUCGUCGGCCUUCUUUCGCCCGGCGACCCGAGGAAGAUCGCUGCUCACGGUGAGGAGACGAAUAACAAGUGGCGUCGGGCGCGGCCGCUUGCCGCAACGGUCGAGAAGGACCGCCACGGUGUGGAGCAUAUGAAGAUGCAUUUUCACAUCGAGGGACCAAGAGGUUCAGGGGUCGUCGGAAUUCAUCUGACCAAGCAACCGGGACACUGGGAGCAUGAGUACCAGACUUUUUACGUGGAUAUUAGGGGCCAUCAAAGAAUUUACUUGGAGAAUAAGGAGGUGGAUAAGGCGGCUGCGAAGAAGGGAGGGAACAAGGAGUUCAAGUUCUUGGGUGUCAGGUGGAACUGA